UGCUUUUGUUCAGUCGUUGCGAUCGGACGGGUAGUGUUUUGUUGUGCCCGAAGAUAGAAGAUUCGAGAUUUUUGUAUUAUACAUUUUUUGUUUGUAAGUUCUUUCGCGACCACUUGAAACUUUUAAAAUGGGUAAAAAUAGACAAGCGCAACGAACCAAGAACAACGCACAGCCAUCAAAUAGCAGUCGUAGCGCGGAACUACUGGGAACUGCGAUUCCUUUUGUCGGUUUCUCAGCGGCUUCUCAGGUUAAAGACGGAGGAUACGUUCCCGUUUUACCCGGUUUAUGUUUCUCCAAUAAUGUGGAAAUAAACAGUGUGGAUCCCACUUUUCAAGUGGCGCUCAAAAAGAUGAACAAGAAAGAUGCUAGGACGAGACACAAGGCGUUACAAGAAUUCACAAGUCUGUGUCAAACAGCUGAAUUGUCAGCAGUGGAAAGCAUACUGCCGUUCUGGCCACGGAUAUAUUUGGUUGUGGCCAUUGAUAUAGAGGAUAGAGUGAGAGAAGCGGCACAGUUGGCGCACUCAGCUCUGGUCGACUGUGUAGGGAAGAAGAUUGAUAACUUUUUGAACCAAUUAAUUGGCACGUGGUUCACGUCCCAAUUUGAUUCGUCGCCUGUAGCGGCUUCAACCGCCUCAUAUUCUUUUGCCAAAAUCUUUCCACCAUCAAAGCUACUUAGAAUAGUUCGCUAUCAGAACGAUAUUUUAAACCAUAUCAGCCAUAUUUUAUUCAAGGCCGACAGUUUUUCCGUGUCUCCUCAAACAUUUUUAAAUUAUGAGGAGAAAAGCCAGAUUUACUCUCGACUUUUAGCAACAAAUAUGCAAGCUUACAGCUUUUACUUCCGGAAAGUUCCGCGUCAGGAAAUCGACAAAACCGUAGAGAUUCACAACAAGAUUUUGAGCAGUUUUCGGUUCUGGAACCUAUACUCUCAACACGAUUUGUUGUCGGUAAGAAUAGCUUUCUUCAACGUGCUGUCCUCCGUCUUAGAAAACGCCGAACACUUAUUGGAAAACGAAAAGAGACGAACGAUAACCGCCAUCAUAAACCGUCUUGGGUGUGAAAUGGACACUAAAGUUGUGUCAGCCAUUUGGGAAUCGAUGCUCUUAGCGAUGACGAAACUGACCGACUGGCAUCUCGUAGUGGACGUCAAGGAAUUUGUACUUCCGAAAGUGUGGCGCUCUAUGGGAUACGGCGGCGAUGGUUGCGCCAGCACCGCUUAUCCGAAUCUGUUGCCUUUUGUCAGUCAAUUUCCGAAAUUGAGUGACGACGUACGCAGUCUGUACGGACCGUUCUUCUCAUGUCUGCGUGAAGGAUUCUCCGCCAAUAAGGUGCGAAAGAAUUGCUCGGAAACUCAGGCCGUGGCGCAGGCCUUCGUCGAGUGUCUCCGCUAUUCGAUUCACGUCAAUGCCAAGGACGUCGAUUUGUGCAUUUGGCUCUUCAAGGAACAUCUUAUGCCUGUGUUAGCGCAAGCGUGCUUUUGUACAACGAACGAGUACAUGUGCAACACAUUUAAUAUCAAUGUUUACAUGAAACAAGUUUGCUUCACGGAGAUCGCUCUUCUGGUGCGACAUUGGAGCAGGAGUCGUUCGAACGGGGAACACAAAAAAUCGUACGCGGCUUUGAUGCGAGAAUUCUGGAUCGAAUUGCGACAAUGGUUUGAGUUGAAAUAUUGGAACCCUGGUAAAUUAAAUAAGAAUUAUCAAAUUGAAUUUCUGCUGACUUUGAAGAACCCGCCGAAUCGCGUCUGUAAGAAGUCGAAGGUGGUAAGAUUUUCCAAUUCGGAUUCCGAUCCCGUCCCGAGUCAACCAGAGACGAGAGUUGUCGACACGGAUGCGACUUUCAACUCGGAACUCUGCGAGUUUGUCAGUGUUAUCUGUAAAAUUUACUUCGACAAGAUUAUCGCCGAUUAUCAACAAUGCUGGCCGAUAUCUCCAAGAGUUUUGGAACGUAUUCGUCGGGUGAACACACUUUUGCGACAUUUUGCGAGCAGGGAAUUGUUUACCGUGUCAACGUUCUUGGAUUCUAACGACCAAAAUUUUUUUAAGUUUUAUGACAAGAAUCUGAAACCUCUGGUGUUGCAAAAUUCGAAGGAGGUGAUGGAACAAAGUCUCGAGUUGAUAUUUUACUUGAUUCCCCACAUGGACGACGCGGAGAAGGAUAAAGUCUUGAAAUCGCUGACCAAUUUGAACGACAUCAGGAUCACUAGAAACGUUAUUUACCGCUGCUUGUUCGAGCGCAACAGAAACGAUCACGUGAUAAGGAAUUGGUACAAACAAGCCGAUAUAAUCAAACUGCUGAUCGACGUGGCUGCCGAGAUCGUUCUGAGCGAAGACGAAGAUUGUUCGAAUCUGGAAAAUAAUCGAAAUCUGAUUCUGCUCGCGUUCGAAACCUCGGAAACCGGAGAGUUGCUGAUAAGCGAGGACGGGGCGAAUAAGAUCGUGUCGAUUCUCUGCGACUCGCUGAGCGGAAGGGAUGACGUUUGUUCCGCGAAGUUCGUCGAAUUCGUCGCGGAACUGAUGACCUCGACAUGGAAUCACAAGAAUACAAUUUCGAACGCCGUGCAGAUAUUGGAGACGAUGUUCGAAUUGUGCACUCGUGAACACGACGACCGUCACACGACCACCCUCGAGACGGCGCGCAAAUGCUGGAGGGAAGGAUUUGUGAGAAGCGCUCAGCUUUUGCCCGCGGACAAGUUCAACGAUCUCGUUGAGAAAUGCGCGAUCAUUAUCUGGAGCAAAGUGUACAACGAGGGCCACACGAAGGACACGUUGGUGGAUCUGGCGACGGAUAUCUUCGAGAUCGCGAUCGACGUUGGUCGCGACGACACUGCCAAGUCAUCGUCGCGUUGCACCGAGAAAACCAUUUUGCUGUUUCUAACGUCGUCUGAUAUAAAAUUGUCGGUCGCGGAAGCGACCGCUGUUGCGAUAUACGGCGAAAUAGUGACGGGAAACUUGUAUGUGUCAAAUCUCGAGAGAAAGAUACGAAUCUUCGGCGAUCACACGCUUAUCAAUAUUGCGAGCGACAACGCGAUUUUGAACAAUAUGACGAAUUGUCUGUGUUGGGCUUUGUUUACGACAGAUCUGUUGAAUAAUUUGUACGAGAGACUGAGAAGCGAUAAGAGUACCGACGCGGAAGAAACUUCCGAAUCAGAAGAGGACUACGACUUGAACGUACCAGGUAUCACGGAAUUAUUGAUGAACAUUAUAUACGUGGCUAGUGUAAAAGAGAUAUACAGCAAACACUACAAGUCUACGAAGAGUUACAACGACGUGAACAAGCUCUUCGAGUUGUUCAACAUCAGUCUCAUCACCUUGCGCAAAUAUUACGCGAAGAACAUUCGCGACGACGUUAGCUCUCACUUGCAAACCAAUCGGUCGAGUUACGGGUACAUGCUGCCGUACAUGAUUCACACGUACUGCACCAAGUUCGAGUUGUCAGGUGUGAAUGAUGUCGCGCGGUAUUACAAAAAUUGCACGAGCGGCGCGGAAGAAAACGAGGAAGCGCGUUUGCAGGCGUCUCAGAUCUUGGGCGAUUACUGGGACAUGGAAACAUUAUCGACAAACGACAUCACUCACUCGUCAAUUGUUGCGAGAACCGCGAUGUGUCGAAAAAACGUUAUCCCCGACAUCGCCGCGAAACAUUGCGACCUGACGACGAUCAUGUCGCGUCACAAGGACGAUCCCGCUCUGCUGCUUCUCGACUGCGAGGUUUUCGACGUUCCGUGGAGCCGGUUGCUUCUGCCGCUCGAAGUCGUGAGGUUGCUCGCGACGCUCGUGCGAAAAACCCCAUCGGUAUUGGAAUCCGAGCACUGGGACUUCAUCUUGUUAUCUCUCGCAGUUUGGCAACAGUCGAUUAAAAAGUCUAUUUACAAUUACACGGAUAUCAGAGUAACGUCGUUGAUAACGGCGGUGGGACAGUUGUACUGUUCGAUUCAGACUUUGAUGAACAAUCCGAUACCCGAGUUGUCUCCGGCGCUGCUGGACGAAUGGACGAAGGUGUUUGCCAGCGACGUACAGAGCGUUGUCGCUCAAACGUGGAUGCACUGCGUGGAUCUGCACGAUCACGACGAUACGGACGUAAGGUCGACCGUGCUGCUGGAUCAACUGGGAAAAACGAUCAGCGUGCUCGAUGGAGAUGUGUUGUUCAAAACGGACGAGAAACGUGUCAACGUUGUGGACUUUGACAGCAUGUUGCAAUUGUCUCUGAAACUGCUGCAGUCUCCAGUGUCCAGCGUUCAGUUAGGCGCCUAUCACGCGUUGAAGUGUAUGGUAUCCAAACUAAAACAAUGCGACACGAAGAUAGUCGAGUCGGACAGUAUCCGCUUCGAGCGGAGCAGUCUCUAUUUCAAGAAACUCGAAGACGUUCUACUGAGCACGCAGAAUAUUGUAAACACGAUGCUUAUGGACUUCAAAUUAUGCGACACGAUCAGCUGCACGAUCGAACCGUUUACGGAUUCUUACACGUACGCACUGGGAUACUUGUUAACGUGGGCGAUUGUGCUGGAUAUGUGCAAGUGCGCUCACGACGACUUGCGGUAUCAUUAUGCUGAAAUGGUGAAAAAUCAUCUGUUUCCUUCGCUGUUGAAAAAUAUCUUCAAAUUAAUGCCGAUGGAAGUACUGCAAGGUAUUAAAAACAAGAAUGACAAGCUGCUGAAGAUGUUUACUACCGAGCCGUCACUUAACUUCGGAGAGAGUUGGACAGAAUUGAGACUGGAUCACAUCGUGUGCUGGGUGUACACGAACUGUUUGCGAUGUCUGCCAGUGUUGGUUAGACAAUGGCUGAACACAGCCGACAGCAAAGUCAGCGCGACGGUGGACAAAAUAACGAGUUAUUACAUCAGUCCCAUGCUCUGUCAGGAGAGACUUCACGAUCAGAGACUGAAGAAGUAUGAAAAUCUGAAGGUAAACAUGUAUCAAUCAACGAGGCAAAUAGUAGGCAUAUACAAAAUGGAGGAAACAAAACUUGAAUUAGUCAUUGUGUUGCCGUUAAAUUAUCCUUUGGGCGCGGUGGAGGUGCAGAACAACGCGUGCAGCGCAAACUUCACAAAUUCCUUUUCGCAACUGGCCAUAUUUCUCACGCAUCAGAACGGAGAUAUUUGGGAAGGUCUUCUGAUGUGGAAGCGCAUUUUAGACAAGAAAUUUGCGAGCGUCGAUGAGUGUUGCAUAUGUUACAGUAUUUUACAUCAUAAUACGCACCAAAUACCAAAAUUAUCUUGCAACGUCUGUCAUAAAAAGUAUCACACUUCUUGUUUGUACCAAUGGUUCAACACAAGUCAAAAGUCUACUUGUCCAAAUUGCAGAAAUGUGUUUUAAUUAUAAAAACUACUUUUUUAUUUAAAAAUACGAAAUCUUUUUCCUUUCAGUAUAAAUGAUUCAACACAAGCAAAAAAUUCUACCCCUGUUCAAUUUGCAGAAAUGUGUUUCAAUUGCCAAAAUUGUUUGUACAGAUAGAAGGAGAGUUUGUAUAUAUUAUUAAUAAGCAUGUGUAUGUAAGGACAUACAAUUAUAAGUGUAUAUAUUAAUAGUAUAUAUAUAUAUCGAAAUAAAGUUUAAUUCCUUCAGU